UUAACCGGAUGUGGAAAAGGUGAAGUCGUAUAUAUACCAAGAAUACCUAUUAAACCCAGUGAUGUGCCGUUUGGAUUUGAGCGAUUACAGUUCCCGGUAAAACUUGCAUUCACCUUCACCAUAAAUAAAUCUCAAGGUAAAUGUACGGGACUUCUACUUGAUCCUAUGUGCUUCUCUCAUGGACAAUUAUAUGUGGCAUGUUCAAGAGGCGGUGACCCGAAAAAUCUCUACAUUUAUUGUCCGAAUGGAAAAACAAAGAACAUCGUAUAUCCUCAAGCAUUAAAAUGAUACAGAUUAUUA